AUGAUGUCCGGCGAAAUGCCGUCGGAUAUCGGGAAGCUUGAAAUGCUGAACCGGGCAAUUCAGGGCGGGAACCAACUCACCCGUCUCAGCGGCUCGAUACCUAGUUCGAUCGGCACUCUUUCCAUGAUGGCUAAUUUGGAUCUGUCAACGAACCGGAUAUUCGGUUCAAUCCUCGGAGAAAUCAGGUCGUCGAUGACGGUCUCAUCAUCCCUUAAUUUGUUCAACAGUCAACUUUCCAACGAGAUAUCAGGUAGUUUGUCCGGCAACAAGGUUUUGAGUCACCUGAAUUUAAGUCGGUAUUCUAUGGAAAGGAAGCUGCCGCAUAGUUUUAGCCCGAAAAAUUAUUUUAUAAUGCUGGAUUUAUCAUACAACAAGUUAACUGGUAAAGUGCUCAACUCUAUACGAUCGGUUAUGACUUAA